AGAUUCUAACAAUGAAUCAUGGAUGGAGGAUUGUUUGUUAGAGCAUAGCAGUUCAGAAUGGGAUGGUAUGGAUUUAGAAGAGCUGAAGGAAAAUAUUCAGGAAACUCAAGCAGAAAGUUUUGUCUUAAAGGAAAGAGGUAUGCUGGAUAGGGAGGCCGAUUUCUCGUCGGCGGUAGAUGGCAAGAAGAUGAUCGUUGUAGUUGAAAACACAUCACAGUCAGAAGGGGAAGUAGAAAUGGUGGCUGACUUGAUUGUCGAAACCAAAGAAGGAGUGGCCUACAACUGCCCAUUGAUGAUGCUAGCCACUAUGCCUAAGGAACCUAUGAAUGAGGUUAACUUCCCAAUGGAGAAUGGAGACGAAAAAGCAAAAAAUGAAGAAAAGAUUGAAGCAGAUAGAGCUAGCAACAAUGAGCCCCGUGAGGUUAUAAGCCAUUUUAAUAAAAAAGAACCUUUUGGAAAGCAACGAGAAAAAACAGAGCAAUCAAGAAACACAGGGUUAGCGAUAGAUGCAAUUAAAGGAAAUCAAAGUGAAGAUUGCAGAGUGGAAUCUUGGAAUUUCUGGGCAGGCCUAGCAAGUGAAGAUGAACUAUCCAAGGUGAGGAGCAUGACAACAAAGGUUAUAGGUAGAUGCAAAGGAAUCCAUCUAGAUAAAGCCAAUGGAGUCACCUUUCAAAUAGAGCAGGAAGAAGAAAUGUCAUCAAGAGAUAACGCCAUUUCAACAGGUGGCAUCAUUAAUUGUAAUCGAAGAUUUAUGAUGAGAUCAUGGGAAGAAAAAGUGAAGGAACUCUGGGAAGUGGGGAAGAAGUUAGGUCUAGUCAGAAGGGGUAAUGAGGAGGAAAUAAUCAAGAGGUUAGACAGUUGGGGUGGAUCGGUAGUGGAAGGUAUUGAAUUCAAGAAGGUGAGUGAUGAGGAUAAUGCUAUGCUUAUGGCAGAAUUUUCAAUAGAGGAAACAAAAGAGGCAGUGUGGAGUUGCGGAGGUGUUUUAGUGCUCAUUGAUGGUAGCCCAACAGAAGAAUUUAAAGUGGGAAAAGGAUUGAGGCAAGGUGACCCUCUUUCACCAUUUUUAUUGUUGAUUAUAGCGGAGGCUUUAAGUGGUCUAAUGACAAAAGUUGAGGAGCUUGGGAUUUUAAAAGCAAUUCAAGGUAGGAUGGGUUAUAAGAAAGGUAGGGGAAGGCAAGGAGACACUGUUUUGGGAAGAGGUGUGGAUAGGAAGUGUGAGCUUGAGGGAGAAGUUUCCAAGAUUACCUUAGCUACUAAUAAACAAGCCAUAAUAGCUGAGGUAGGAAUUGGAAGAAAUCCUAAGUCAAGUACAUUUGCAACAAGGACGAGAGGACUGUUGGGUAUGGAAAUGGGAGAGCACUGGAAGAUACUCAACUAAAUUUGCCUAUAACCAAAUCACCCAUUCACGAUUAAGGCAAGAUAUAGAUCACUUUAAGUAGAUCUGGAAUGGAUCAUUGCCCUUAAGAGUUGCAGCGUUGGCUUGGAGAUCCUUGUAUGACAGAUUACCUACAAAAGACAAUCUAACUAGGAGAGGAGUUAUAAAGAGGAAAUCAUAUG